GUUAGGUUGAAGGGAGAACUCAAAGCUAAUUAACUUGAGCUUUGUAAGUGUUCCCUCUCUUUAUACUGAUAUAGCUCUCCUUUGUUCAUGAGAAGAGAAUGACUACUACUACUACUAUUACUACAAGUUCUUCUUCUUCUUCUUCUUCUUCUUCAAGAGUUGGGAUCAUGGAGGAGGUCUUGGUAGUGUCCGGGCUCAUCGCCGUGCAAAUAAUCUUCGCAAUUCAUGCGCUUUUUUUGAAUCAGUUCUUGGCCCUCGGUGUUAACUCUCUCUCCAUCGUCAUCUUUGGGGGCUUGGCUAGUGCUUUGUUCCUCCUCCCCUUUGCAGUGGUUUUUGAAAAGAAGAAAUGGCCGGGUGAAUUAAGACCCUUGGUGACCGUUCAGAUGUUGUUGACUGCUAUUACUGGGGUUGCAUUCCAAGUUCUAACGUUGCGAGGUCUGAAGAUGACUUCUCCGGCGGUGGCCUCAGCAAUGCCUAACCUUGCCCCUGCCAUCAUCUUCAUCAUCGCAGCUUGUGUUAGGUUUGAGAGAUUCUCAAUAUGGUGCAAGUAUAGUAGAGCCAAAGUAUUCGGAACUAUAUUAUGCUUGGGUGGUGCCAUAGCGAUGAGCUUCAUGAUGAGCCCUCCCUCUUCAUCUAAUUCGACAAUAAAUCAAGUCUCAUCUCCAUUAAACAAGAUCUCUAGUACUGGGUCUAUUUCAAAGGACUGGCUCUUUGGUUGCUUCUAUAUGUUCAUCGCUGUCAUCUUCCUAUCAUGCACAACGGUAUUACAGGCUGCGACUAUGAUUAAUUUCCCAGCUCCUCUCACUUUAUGUGCUGUGACUACCUUGAUGACUUCGAUCAUAACUGCUGUUAUGCAAUUUAUUGUGGAGGGAAAUCUCAAUUUUGGCUCCUCGAACCUUAGUCCUCAGAGCAUUAUCGGCAUCAUCACAUUGGGAGCAGUUCUGACCGGUUCUUGUGUUGGAUUUCAAGCUUGGUGCGUUAAGAAGAAGGGACCCGUCACUGUGUCUAUUUUUAAUCCAGUUCAGACUGUUUGCUCUGCGAUACUAUCUGCUCUAGUUUUGGGACAAGUGAUCAGUCUUGAAAGUUUAGGAGGAAUGCUCUUCAUGUUUAUGGGACUCUACGUUGUUCUAUGGGCUAAGAAGAAAGAAGGCCGUGAUCCUCAAAAUGCCGAUGAUAAUGAGACAAUUCAUGACAUUGAGAAGCCCCUCUUAAGUUAAACUUUUGCCCUCUUUUUUGUAUAUAACGUGUUAUGAAUAUCUAGGGAAUGCGGGGAUCAUGUAACACCGUAUAAUCAAUGGGCGCAGAAAAGUUAUAGAUGAUGAUGGAACUUGUACAUGUAUAUAUAUACCCCCUUCAUUCUCUCUCUAACAAGAGAUGAUGGAACUUGUACAUAUAUAUAUUCCCCUUCUCUCUCUAACAAGAGACUUGUGAACUCUUCAGACUAUUUAGUUCUUUAGAUUAAUGC